GUACAGCCGGGUCGGAGGUCAGAGGCCAGUGUCAGGAGAGAUGUUGCUGCAGAGGCUGAGGGCGUUGGUGCAGUAUUCUGGGCAGUGGCUGACAGGAUGCAGGAACGUUCAUCGAACAUCAAGUUGUAGCCAACCAUUAAUCCCCAUUGUCAUCGAGCAGACAGGGCGUGGGGAGAGAGCUUACGAUAUCUACUCGAGACUCUUGAGGGAAAGAAUUAUUUGUGUCAUGGGACCUAUAGAUGACAAUGUUGCCAGCCUAGUGAUCGCUCAGCUCUUGUUCCUUCAGUCAGAGAGUAACAAGAAGCCUAUCCACAUGUACAUCAACAGUCCAGGUGGUGUGGUGACUGCUGGCCUGGCUAUUUACGACACCAUGCAGUACAUCCUGAACCCCAUCUCCACCUGGUGUGUGGGGCAAGCUGCCAGCAUGGGUUCCCUGCUUCUAGCUGCGGGUUGCCCAGGCAUGAGGCACUCCCUGCCUAACGCACGUGUCAUGAUCCACCAACCCUCGGGAGGGGCGUCUGGCCAGGCGACUGACAUUGCUAUACAGGCAGAGGAGAUUCUCAAAAUCAAAAGACAGAUCAAUCAUAUUUAUGCCAAACACACUAAGCAGGAGCUGUCAGUCAUUGAAGCAGCCAUGGAGCGGGACCGGUACAUGAGCCCAGUGGAAGCUCAGGAGUUUGGGAUCAUUGACAAGGUCCUUGUUCACCCUCCGCAGGACGGGGAAGAUGAGCCACAACUUGUGCAUAAGGACAACACGAGGGAGUCAUCGGGCUCUCCCGAAUCCUGAACUGUACGGCCCACCGCAUCGAUCGUUCAUCUGAUCUCUCUGACCUGUCAGAUUGCUGUGUUGGCCUUGUUUGUUCACCCAGUCAAAUAUUUGUAUUAAAGAUUUGUAUUUAAACUUU